CCCCUCAUGCAGAUCUCUCAAAAAGACACAUAUGUCCCAUAUUAGAACAUCAGCUCAAGGUUUUCCUCCACGACACUGCCGUCUACCAUGGUUACUUGGAGAACAAAGAGCUUUUUACUCUCAAGGCUCUUCUAAAUCGCCAAACCCAGGCUCAUCCGCAGGGAUCAAACUGCGAACACGCUUAGUGGCGACGCUGCUUUUCGGAGGUGGUAUUAUUGGUACGUGGUGGUAUGUUUAUCAGGAGAAACAACAGAAGAUCCAGAUGCAGAGACUGGAGCAGUUGAGAAAAGUGGCAGUCGGACAGGGAGACUUCAGUCUGUUGGAUCACACAGGACAGCGAAGGACCAAACGUGAUUUCCUGGGCCGCUGGGUGCUCUUAUACUUCGGCUUCACCCACUGUCCGGAUAUCUGCCCAGACGAGCUGGAUAAAUUGACCAAUGUGGUGCGUACUCUUGAUAAAGACCCCAGCCUGCCCCCCGUCCAGCCACUUUUUAUCACUGUUGACCCCGAGAGAGAUGACGUGGCUGCCAUGGCCAAGUACGUAAAAGAUUUCCAUCCCCGGCUGAUCGGAUUGACGGGUACUGCGGAGGAAGUGAAGCAGGCAGGACGGGAUUAUAGGGUCUACGCCAGCGCUGGGCCUAAAGAUGAGGAUGGAGAUUAUAUUGUGGACCACACCAUCAUCAUCUACCUGGUAAACCCAGACGGACUCUUCCUGGACUACUACAAUAGAAUGAAAAAUGAUGUACAGAUUGCUGAAGGUAUACGUAAUCACAUGAAAAACUACGUUAAAUUAUUUCCAGAUUAAUCUUAAUAAUUGGAAAAUGUGUUUGCACAAUAAAGCCUAAUUAUGAAAUGCU